GCCCGCCAUGUCGGACAAGAUGGCGGCGGCCGCGGCCUCCCCUCAGCCGCAUCCCGGCCCCGGUCCGCCUGCGGCGGAGGAGGAGGGCGGCGGCCCGCGGGGCGGCGGGGCGGACGGGGAGGCGGAGGCGGAGGAGUUCGGGUGCCCGGCGCACUGCUCCGACCUGGCCUGGCGGCAGAACGAGCAGCGCCGCCACGGCCUCUACUGCGACAUCACUUUGGCGUUCGGCGGGGGGCGGCCCGGGGCGGCCCGCGAGUACCGCGCGCACCGCUCCGUGCUGGCGGCCGCCACCGAGUACUUCACCCCGCUGCUCUCGGGCGGCUUCGCCGAGUCGCGCUCGGGCCGCGUGGAGCUGCAGAAGUGGAGCUCGGAGGGCGGCCCCGACCCCGACACGGUGGAGGCCGUCAUCGGCUUCAUGUACACCGGCGCCAUCCGCGUCAGCCCCGGCAACGUGCACGAGGUGCUGGAGAUGGCCGACAGGUUCCUGCUGACCCGGCUGAAGGAGUUCUGCGGCGAGUUCCUCAAGAAGAAGCUGAACCUCUCUAACUGCGUGGCGGUGCACAGCCUGGCCCACAUGUACUCGCUGAGCCAGCUGGCACUCCGGGCGCAGGACAUGAUCCGCAGGAACUUCCACAGAGUCAUCCAGGACGAGGAGUUCUACACGUUGCCCUUCCACCUCAUCAGGGACUGGCUGUCCGACUCGGAGAUCACGGUGGACUCCGAAGAAAUCCUCUUUGAGACCGUCUUGAAGUGGGUUCAGAAGAAUCCUGAGGAAAGAGAGAGGUACUUUGAAGAACUUUUUAAGCUGCUGAGGUUGUCUCAGAUGAAGCCCACUUACCUCACACGCCACGUCAAAUCCGAGAGGCUGGUAUCCAGCAACGAGGCCUGCGUUAAGCUGGUGUCAGAUGCCGUGGAGAGUCACGCCCUGAGGUCUGAGAACUUGCAGUCCGGUAACCUGCAGCAUUCCGCUUGUCCUGUCGCGUUGUUGCCGCGUUUUGGACAAAACAUGGAUGUCAUUAUGGUGAUUGGUGGUGUAUCGGAGGGAGGAGAUUACUUAAGUGAGUGUGUGGGGUAUUUCAUCGAUGAAGAUAGGUGGGUAAACUUGCCGCACAUACAUAACCAUCUCGAUGGGCAUGCUGUUGCUGUGACAGAGUCUUAUGUCUAUGUGGCUGGCUCCAUGGAACCAGGAUUUGCCAAGACUGUAGAAAGGUAUAAUCCAAACAGAAAUAUCUGGGAGCAAGUCUCAAAUCUCAUAACCAGAAAACAUUCAUUUGGCCUUACUGAAGUUAAAGGAAACUUGUACAGUAUUGGGGGACAUGGCAAUUUCAGUCCUGGCUUUAAAGAUGUAGCUGUCUAUAAUCCUGAGCAAGACAAGUGGCAUAACCUGGAGUCAGCACCAAAGAUCCUUCGUGAUGUCAAAGCUGUUUCUGUAGAGGACCGAUUUGUUUAUGUUGCUGCUCGUACCCCGGUUGACAGUGACAGUGAAGAUGGAUUGAGGGCAGUUAUUAUCAGAUACGAUGCUGAAACAAGGCAGUGGCAGGACGUAGAGUCUCUGCCACUCAUUGAUAAUUAUUGCUCUUUUCAGAUGUCAGUUGCAAACACCAACUUUUACCAUACGGCGUCCUGCUGCCCCAAGAGUUACCCUAUAGAUAACGAGGAAGCCAAGGUAAAGAUCUCUGGCAGAGCCUCAGAUGAGAUACUUGAAAGUUUACCCCCAGAGGUCCUUAGCAUUGAAGGGGCAGCUAUUUGUUAUUAUAAAGACGAUGUUUUCAUCAUCGGGGGGUGGAAGAACAGUGAUGAUAUUGACAAGCAAUACAGGAAGGAGGCCUAUCGUUACUGUGCUGAGAGGAAGCGCUGGAUGCUUUUGCCUCCCAUGCCUCAGCCUCGCUGCAGGGCAACAGCCUGCCACGUGAGAAUUCCCUUCAGGUGCUUGCAGGGCACGCAAAGAUACCCUAUGCCACAAAACCUGAUGUGGCAAAAAGACAGAAUAAGACAAAUGCAGGAAAGACAGAUGCAGGAAAUACACCGACACUCUCUAAGCUUACGAAGAAUGCCGCGCUCGCAGAUUGAGUGCUAGUUUCUGGGUUGUCACUCGUGAUGAAGGUAGUUUAGGAAAUACUGUACUAAACCAUUUUGCUAGGCAUUAGAUGUCUGCAUAAGACAUCAGGAUGCUGAGUAGAUAUGAUACGUAAAAAGAGCAUCUUUUACGUACUGAAAAUUACAAAGUUCAGAAAUUAGGGAUAAAUGGGAAUUGAGAAACUGUCUGAAUCCAACAGUAUUACUUAACAAUGCCCAGGAAAGACCUGCUUUCCUGUAACAGACCGUGACACAGAUCUUUGUUUUCAAGGAUUUCUGUAGAGUUAGUCUCUUACAGUUCCAUUUUGAAAAUCAAAGAUCCCUCUCUAAUAAUUUAGUGGUUACAUUUGUGUGUGCUGAAAGCACCUGCUUUAUUUGCACUUAAUAUGUCGACAUUCCUUUGAUAUCUCUUUCUCAGUGACUAAACUUCACGUGUAAUUGAUGUUAGUGUACCUGGCUUUCUCAAGUUGGAGGCGAGUGCAAUAGUUAUAACUACGUAUGGGAAUGAAAGCACAAUCUCUCUUUAUAGAAUUACUUCAGGAUGUUUCUAUGUCUAUUAAAUAUUUUGUAUCUGUAUGUUGUAGAGAGGCUGCGGAGUUCAUUUGUAAAUGGUUGAUGAGUAGAACAUCAGACACUUGCUAAAAGAGAGAACUUGAGGCAGUGAUUUUUUCAGGUAUAUCUGGAGAGGCUUUGAGUUUCUUUGAGAGCUUCAAAGGAGAGAAAACCAGCAUAGCAGUCACACACCAAAAUUGACUAGUCCCUUCUGUCCACAUGGAUUAGUAAGAAUGACAUUAAACCACAGGAAUAGAUUGAAACUUGAGCUACUUGUCAGUCCUUUCUCAAAUGCUGUACGCAUUUAAUUGUAGUGAAGGAGUGUUUGGAAGAACCCCCACAGCCUGUUUGCAGCCCACCUUUGACAAUCGAUGCCUUUUGCCUUCAGUGUAUUUUCCCACAGAACUUGCAGUCGCUGUGCUGCAGUGCUCCACAACAAAUCAGCGCUUGGUGUUCUUGUAGGGCCGCUGCUGGCUCAGUUACUGAUGACAUAAGGAUUUUGAGAUGCACCUGGAGAUUUUGCAGUCUCUAAAUGUUUUUAGAGACUAAAAUUUCAGUUGAUUAAAACUGUUAUGGGGUGAUUUUACAUCAGUCAGUGCCUGCUUGGCUCUGGUUUGUGUAAGUGCUACACCCCCAAGAAACAGAAGGUGGAAUGGUUCCUUUGGGGUGGCACUGCCUGGCAGUAAGCUGUCCUGCUGAGCACUCCUCCCUGACCUGAUCCAGGACAGCUGUCAUUCCUAGUGGGUUCAGUGCAUCCCUCCUACCUCCUUUUCUUCCUCAUCCUUCCCUUCGUUUGAAUGUUCCAGGUUUUCACACGUGACCUAACUCAGGAUAUUAGGGAAGGGAAAGGGAGGUGUCAGCAGGGUGUUGCAAGAUUAGAGUAGACAAACAUUGAUGAAGGAGCUGUGUACUGUCUUUGGUUCCUGUGAUAAUUUGCUGGUGUUUUGGAUGUGGGCAACUUCUUUGAAAAAGGUCUCCUAAACAGUUUCUGUUUUUUUUUUUGUUGUGUUGUGUUUCUUUUUGUUUUUUUUUUUUUAUUGUUUAGCUUUCUGAACUGAUACUUCUCAUUUUCCAAUUCAGCAGGCAACCUAGAUCAUAUCUGAAACACUGGGUAAGGGUAAGUUUUUCAACCACGUAAUGUGUAAAGGUUUCUGUGAUGUGUAAUAUCCUUAAUGCUCCACUUAGCAGUUCACUUGCCACUUUGACAUCAAUAACUGGUCUUUUUGUAAUGGGAGAAUAACCCAGCCUUGUAAAAAUUAUCUUAGAAAAUCUAACAGUUCUGUUUCAAAUUGCUUAUCGGUAGUAACCAUCCUGUGUUUUAUUUGCCUGUUAGAUUGCUGUGUAAGGGCACAUUAAAUCGUACAGUGCUGGUUUAAUGCGAGAGAGGAAAUGGUUAAGCUUAUUCAGGUUUAAGGCUGAUGUUCAGUAAUGACCAUUGCCAAAUAAGCUCGUGCAGACCCUUCAGGAAGGGGUUAAUCCCUGGAGUUUGGCCCAUGAACUCUUGCAGGUUUGGCUGGAGUAGUUUUAAGAAUGACUGCCUCUGCAGGAGGGUUUGUGAGUAGACUGUGUGCAAAUGCCUCACAGCUUUGAUGCUAGAAUUAUGAUCUAACUCAAAUGGGAGCUGGAUUUAAGGUACUUUGCAGCGAGAACAGUUUACACACUCCCUCCCCACUGACUUUACUCCAGGGAGUUGAUGAGCAAAGGAUGCUGCCUUGUCAGACCGCCGCAGCUCCAUCAAAGCCCUUAGGCAGUCUGUCAACAAAUCUGGGGCAGUUUUGGGGGGAAAAUACUGACAUUGUGAUUUUGGUUGGAAUAUAAACUACAUGGUUUGAUGCAGCACGCAACUAAGUUAGAUGCAAGAACAAACUUCUUGCUGUCUUUUUCUAAGCGAAACUGAUAUUUGCACUCACCAGGAGGACUUCACUCUGACACGCCAGCUAUCUAGUUUACUAAAGACAUUCCACUCAGAGACCUCAGAAUAGCUUAAUAUCUGGGCAGUGUAACUUGUAAAUGCCACGGUUUUGUGUGAUGCACUAUAUUUCUGUGUCCUGUUUGCACGGGGAGUGAUGGCACUCUGGACAGCACCGGAUUGCUCUAACUUAGGCUAGGCCAAUAUGGAAUUUUAAAGUAGUUGGAUUUUUACAGCCUUGACUUUAAGUGGACCGGCUGCAUUACACACAGUUUUUAACUGACAAUUCUAACUAUCCAUUGCCUCACCUGGAGGUGUUCAGAAGAAUUGAAUCCGGCUGUCAUUUAGCUCACUAACCUGUGAAUUGUGUAACAAAUGUGUUGUGGCUCCUGACUGCUGCAGCUUGCUGAGUAUUCACUUAAAAAAAAUCCCGUAAGCAACAGCUUGGGAAUCCUUUCAUUGUGUCUGUAGUGGCUAGUUAAAUGUCAGUAAGAUCCACGUGUGUUUUAAGCACUAUAAGGCUGAUUUCUGUCCUUCCAAACGUGAAGGAACAUCAGAUGGUGUUUUUCUUCCUCCUUAAGACAAUCAUUCCUCUGUAGCUGUACUGAAUACGUGCCACAGAAUGCAUGUUUCACAUCCUGUCUUUCUGCUCACGGGAUUAGUGAAGUAGGACACGUACUGCCUGGCACCAGGUGGUCCCUGCAAUCAUUUCUAGGUAGGUGCCAUAUAUGUACAUACUGUUUUAUAAGGACUUGAAUAUUCUGUUACUAUGCUAGUUUUGUAUAUAUUUUAAUAAGAUUUCCUCACACAUAGCAGGAUACCACUCCAGAAAUAGAGAAGGCAUGCCGGUUUUCUAGCAUGCUUUAUAAAAAGUUAUCCUGGGUUGAUCACUAUUAACAAAUUGGGUCAUAGACAGUAGCAACUUUUUAGGUUAUUUUUAACACAGCAUUGUAAUCCUAUCUUGUAACGUUCAUGGGGCUAAAACUGUUUGAUGGCUUGGAUUUAUUUUCAGGUAUGCCCAGAUUAUUUUAGAAUAUAAAUCAUAUCUCUAAUUUGACAGUCUGAAGUGAAAGUCUGAUAAAACAGGUGCUUCUGAGGAUCUAAUCCUAUGACUAAUAUGAAUGUAAAGUGUGGAACUAAUUAGAUGUUUGAAGACCAUUAAUAGUAAGAUACUCCUCAUAGGUCCAUGUCACACUGGAUCACGGCAGCUGUGCUCUCCUCAGUGUUAAUGUAGACUUCAAGAGAAUGCUUGGGCAAGCAGCACUCCUGUACUUAACUUCAGUAAGGUAAAGUAGUGUCUGUCUAGGCUGUUGGAAACACUCCUACUGUAAUGUUCUUCACAUAACAUACACUGUACUAGAGUUUAUUGUAAUAAGUGAAUUAAUGAAAAUAAACCUUUUAUUUCUCUAGCA